AAAAGAGAAAGUGGAAGAAGCCUUUGCUAGACAUGAAGAGAGAUACAAAGAAGAUAGGAGAAGAUCCAAAGGUGGCGAAAUGCUUUAAUUCAAGUGGCUGGAAUCAAGGGAUGGCAUUUAAAUAACAGGCAUGAAUCGGAAUUUAUUAGAGAGAUUAUUAAGAAUAUAUCAGCAAAACUAUGUCACCCAGUGACUCAUAGUGACUUGGUUGGAAUGACUGAACGCUUGGAGGAUUUAUAUUUGAAAAUAAACAUUGGGGAAAAUGAUGUCCGCAUUAUAGGGAUUUGCGGAAUGGGUGGUAUCGGUAAAACCACACUCGCAAGACUUGCUUAUAAUCAAAUGUCACAUCAUUUUGAAAGUAAAAGCUUUAUUGCUGAUGUUCGAGAAGUUUCAGACAAAUGUGGAUUAGUUUCUUUACAGAAACAACUUCUUUCGGAGAUUUUUCAUGAUGAAUGCUUCAAAUUUUUCAAUGUUCAUGAAGGGAACGAUAUAAUUAGUCAUAUGUUGUCUCGCAAAAAGGUUCUUGUUGUUCUUGAUGAUGUUGAUAACAUUCAACACUUAAAAUGCUUGGUUGGAAGGCAUGAUUGGUUCGGAUUAGGGAGUAGAAUCAUUGUAACAACAAGAGAAGAACAUUUGCUUCGAUCUUGGCCAGUUGAUGAUAUGUAUGAGCCCACAACAUUGAAUCCCAAAGAUGCUCUUCAACUUUUCAGUCUGAAAGCUUUUCAUGGUGAUACAGUGCCGAGAGAUGAUUUCAUUGAGCUUUCUUACCAUGUUGUAAAAUAUGCUGGUGGGCUCCCGUUAGCUCUUGAAGUUUUGGGUUCUUUUUUGUGCGGUAGAGAUGCUGCUCAAUGGAGAAGUGCAAUUGAAAGACUUAAAAGAGAUUCUAAUAAAGAAAUUCUCGAUAGACUUCGAAUCAGCUUUGAUGGAUUGGAAGAAAGGGAGAAGAAUAUAUUUCUAGACAUAGCAUGCUUCUUCAACGGGGAGGAGAAAGACUUUGUAUCGAAAGUAUUGGAUGGUUGUGAGUUUUUCUCAGAUAUUGGAAUAGAUAUUCUCAUUAAGAAAUCUCUCAUAAAGGUUCAUGAAGACAAGUAUUUGUGGAUGCAUAACUUGAUACAAGAAAUGGGAAAAAGAAUUGUUAGGGAAAAAUCUAUUGAUGAACCUGGAAAACGUUGCAGAUUGUGGGAGGAAAGAGAUGUUUAUCAUGUGCUAACAAGAAACAGUGUAAGUCAUUUAACAAAAGUUACAUACUAUUUCUAUUUUGUUAUAUAAUAUCAAAUCAAUAUA